AUGGGGCCUCACGGGCCUGAUGCUCUCGCCAGGCCAGAAAGGCCGACGUGGUGCCCUUCCUCCUCGCAGAGGCUCCUCAGCGCCCCUCCUGUGUCCCCGCGACUUCGCAUACGACCCUGGUGGUUCCCAGUGCAGGAACUCAGCAAUCCUUUGGUACUCUACUUGGAAUCCUGGGUGGCAAAACUGAUUUUUGGUUCUAAAGAAGCAGAAACCUCAGAAAUAGAGUGGAUGAGCCAGGCCUUACUGAGAGUGGACACAGCCAACUCUGGGAACCUAACUGAAAUCACUAUCUUUGGACGACCCAGUGCGCAGGCUCGAAUGAAAAGUAUUCUCAUGAGCAUGGCGGCAACGCACAAAGAAAACUACAUCCAAAGAGCUAUGAAGAUGAAACAACUUGAAGAAUUCUUGAAAGUUCGAUCCUCAAUCUCAAGGAACCAGCGUGCUUCGCAUCUGGGGGGGUUAGAGAGAAACAUGGGUUCUUAAAU